AUGGAUCCAACCAACACAACCGAAUGGCAAAGAGCCGCAGAAAAAGCACAGAGAAAACUACCAAUAAGGACAUACCACUGCCGCUUCUGCUCGCAUUUACUGAUUGCAUCGACACGCGAAUUAUUAUCGUCGAGCGCACCGCUGCGACGGCGACGACAGCUUGCGACGGGGUCUGGGUUGGAGGAAGAGGGCGCUGGUGUGGGAGGGAUGGAUGGCGCGAUGAUUUUGGAGAUACCUUCUAGCAGUGGUACCAGGGCGCAAAAUAAGAAGAGGAAAUCAUACGAUGAGAAUCAGAGGGACGACUCGAUACCUGGGACGACAGCACCAGCUGCAUCGGGGAAAAUUAGCGAACAAGCCGCCCAACAAGGCGAAAAAAGGAAAACGGAACAAGCGCACUACACAAUCCCCCUCUCAACCCUCCUCCCGGACCCAACACCCGUGGUUAUAAGACGAGGCGAUGGCUUCGAGAAACGGGUGCUGCUGAGAUGUGGACGGUGCAGGGUCGUUGUAGGAUAUAAACUGCCUCGUAACGAUGGCAACACAACUCUCACCGGUCUUGCUGCAGAUCAAGGCCCAGAUGAGGAGGAUGAGGAGGAUGAAGAAGUUGAGGAUGAGGAUGAGAAUGGAGUUGGGUUGAGCAAAGGAGGAGGAAAAGGGGAGAAAGUGAUUUAUCUACUUCCCGGCUCGAUUGUGGGAACGGAGGAUCUGGAUGUUGGGUUUACGGACAGAGAGGGAGGUGGAUUAAAUGCGAUGAUCGAACGGAAUCAGGUCUUGAACGGGAUGGAGGCGGAGUGGAUGGCUUGGGCCAAAUAA